AUGCGAAAAAAGUUCAACAGUGACUCGGAAUCGGAAAAUGAAAGCCAGAUUUCCACUAGUGUGAAAAAAAAGAAAAAGAAACAAAGUAUCCAAGACCCAGUGAGCUCUGAUCUGGAUAUCCCAUUCUCCGUGAAAAAUGUCCUCAGAAAAAUUGAGCAAUCGCAGCUCCUUCGAGCCAGAGAGGACAUUAAUAUGAAGCUGAUUGACACGAUAAACAAUGUACAGAGGAUAUUAACUCGCUAUACUAUUGAUUUUGAGGCAGCCGCUGGAAGAAAGGGCUCUGUUGUAGAGUAUUCAAAAAAACGAAGAGCUGUGUUUUUGGAGAAAAUAAGUACUUAUACUAAGGCUAUUGAUUAUAGAGAAAAGAUUCUUUCCUACCUUCUGAACUGGUUGGAAGAAUGGAAUGGCAUUUUGUCGGAGAUAACUUCAAUUGAUCUUGAUGACUACCACCACUGGGUAGCAAAAAUGGAGAUCUUACCAGAAACAUUAAAAGGAAUUGAUAACUGUGUCAAGAUACUGUGUAGAAUUUGUACAUCUUUAGUUGAAGAAAAGAAGAGACAAAAGAAAAAAACAUUAUCUAGAGGUACUCUAUGGAAAUCCUGGAAGGAAAGAGUUGUAAAGCGACCCGCAACAGCUCAUGCUUUAAGACCAGAUCAGAUGGUUAGUGAUCAAUUUGCAACAAAUACAAAGAUUUCUGAAAUUCAAGAAAUGCUACAGGAGCUCAUAGGCACAGCAAUGUUCAGCAAAUUAGAAAACAAUGCUAUUAAAUAUAUAUCAGCGACAAUAAUAAACCUUUAUAAAGCCUUGUCUAUGCUAAAUGAUGAAUUAAAAGCUCAUUCCCAAAGUGAUGAUGUAUUUCAAGAUGAAAGCAGAGAAGCAGAAAAAGAACUUUCCCUGAAGAUAAUAAAUCAACUCGGUGUGGAAAAUGAAAUGCUUCUUCUAAAACUUAAAAGUGAAGAACAAAAAUAUGAACAGCUUCUUCGAUCCAAACUUAAUAUAGAACAGACCACACACCCAGUCCUUAAAGCAUCAUCAGUGACCAAAAUUAUUGACAUACAGGGAAAUGUGGACAGUAUUUUAGCCAAAGAAUUUAAAAUUGUUAUAGAUGAAUCUGAAAGGAAAGAGACCAUAGGCACUGGGAUAAAGUGGGACUCAGUUAUCUCAUAUGCAGCCCAAGAUGAAAUGAUUCUAAGUUUAACUGGAGAGGAAGAGGAAGAGGAAGAGAAGGACAAUGAGGAAGAGAAAGAGACAGAGACAGAGACAGAGAAAGAGCUUUUACCCGAAGAAACACAGAAAAGGCCUUUUGAAGAUAUUACUGAAGAUGACAUAGCCCUGAAAAAAGAUGAGACUAGCCAAUAUCAAUCACAGAAAAUAAAACACUCAAAAAGUGCACGUCCACGUAAGACCUCUGAAUCAAGCAUAAGUAAAGAUGGGCAGAGCUUCUUAGAGGUCAAAUCUAGUCAAUAUGCUGAGCUACAGGCAGAAAAGAAAAAAACACCCUCUACCUUAGUCAAAUCAAAGUUAUCAACUGAAACAAAAAGCCAAGAUGUCAAAAGUGAAAAAAGUAGCAUGGUGGAAUUACCCAAAAAGAUAAAACAUGAAACCUCAUCUGGGAAAGGCAAGUCUUCUCCAGUGACGAAAGAAGAACUUACCACUGCUCUAAAAAUUACCACAAGCACAGAAGGAAAAACCGAGAAGACUGAAAAUCUCUUCACCAAACAUGCCUCACCUCACCCACUUCCUUCAAGGACUACAGACGGCAAAAGUGAACAAAGUAAUGUAGAAUCAUUUCACAAAGCUAUAUUGGCAUUCUUAAGAGAGAAAAUUGACAAUAUUGGAAAGCCUUUUGAUAAAAAGAGUGGGAUAAAGGAAGGAGAAUUACCAAAAAGAGAAGUUGAAAAAUUAGGAAUCAUAAAGGCAAAUAUGGAGGAAUAUUUUCAAAAUGUGGCUGAAACUGUGACUGCAACAUUGAGGAAAUACAAAAAUAUAAAAAAGGAAGAAAAAAUUGGAGAGACAUCUAUGACAGAAAAACCAGGAGUCCCAGUUACACCAGGAUUAGAUUUUCAUGCGAAGUCUGAAAUGAGGUCCUUCCUCGCAAAUGAAAACUUAGACCCAAUAAUUAGCAAUUUUAUACAAAUGAUUUGGGAUGAAGUGGAAAGUGAAAGACAUAUUCCAAUGGUUUUGACAGAAAAGAAAAGGGAGAAAGAUGACCAAGAGAAGCCCAAGCAGGAGCAGUCAGAAAAAUGGAAACAAACAAGCAGAGAACAAAGGGGCCCUGAAAAGAGGGAGGAGGAAAGAGUAGAGAUGAAAGAAUCCAAGCAAACAAUUAAAGAACAAAAGGUGCCUGAAGAGAAAAAAGGGAGAGAGAAGAGAAGGCGGUCAUCACUGAAAGUGAAGGGUGAGAAGUCAAAGUCUCAGAUAGUGAUAGAGCGCACAGACAGCAAAAAGCAGAUCAAGGCAAAGAAUAAGGAGAAACAUACUGAUGUACUGCAAACUAUGGUUACUCAAACGCAAGUGACAUUAACUCCUAGGUCAAAGAAACAAAUAACAACUGCUCUACCAUCACCUGUCUGGCAAGAAAUGGAAGACCAAAAUGAAUUUGAGAAAUCAGAGAGAGUUUCUACUGGAAAGCAUUCCUUACAAGUCACUUCUUCAGCUCCCAGGCACUCGGUAGCAUUAGAGCGCCUCAAGAUUUCUGCAGCUGUCCAUAGAAAUUCCACUACUCUUACUCCUAAGGCCAAAGGACGAAAACCCACUCUCACUCCUCAGCAGAUUGAGAAGAUAAAGCUCACCUCUACCUCUGAGAGAUCUCCAAGUAUGAGUGUAUCCACUUCUAAACAGGCACAGGAAUCAGGGAUCACACUCACUCUGGAACAAAAUCAAAUACCGAGGGCCCCCAUUACCCCUAAGAAGGAAAAGAUACAAAAGCAAUUUAUAACAUCAGAAAAGAGCCAGGCAAUGCAGAGCCCAAUGGUGACUACACAGGCCCAGGCUCAAGGGAUCACUCUCACUCCACAGCAGCCGCAGGCUCAAGGAAUCACUCCUACCUCUCAGCAGGCCAAGACCCAGGGGAUCACUCCCACCUCCCAGCAGGCCCAGGCUCAGGGGACCACUCUCACCUCUCAGCAGGCCCAGGCCCUGGGAAUCACUCUUACUCAUGAGCAGGCUCAGGACCUGGGGACCACUUUCCCCCCUCAGCAUGCCCAGCCCUUGGGAAUCACUCUUACUCCACAGGAGGACCAGGCUCAAGGGAUCACUCUUACCAGUCAGCAGGCCCAGGCCCUGGGAAUCACUCUUACUCCUGAACAGGCCCAGGCUCAAGGGAUCACUCUCACCCCUCAGCAGGCCCAGGCUCUGGGGGUCACUCUCACCCCCCAGCAGGUCCAAGCUCAAGGGAUCACUCUUAUUCCUCAGCAGGCCCAGGCCUUGGGGAUGAGUCUCACCCCUCAGCAGGCCCAGGCUCUAGGGAUCACUCCCACCCCUCAGCAGGCCCAGACUCUGGGGAUCAGUCUCACUCCCCAGCAGGCCCAGGCUCAAGGGAUCACUCUUACCCCUCAGCAGGCCCAGGCCUUGGGGAUCAGUCUCACCCCCCAGCAGGCCCAGGCCUUGGGGAUCAGUCUCACCCCUCAGCAAGCCCAAGCUCAAGAGAUUACUCUCACUCCUCAGCAGGCCCAGGCUCUGGGGAUCACUCUCACCCCUCAGCAUGCCCAAGCUCAAGAAAUCACUCUCACUCCCCAGCAGGCUCAGGCUCUGGGGAUUACUCUCACUCCUCAGCAGGCCCAAGCUCAAGGGAUCACACUCACCCUUCAACAGGCCCAGGCCAUGGGGAUCAGUCUCACCCCCCAGCAAACCCAAGCCAUGGGGAUUACUCUCACCCCUCAGCAAGCCCAAGCUCAAGGGAUCACUCUCACUCCUCAGCAGGCCCAGGCCAUGGGGAUUACUCUCACCCCUCAGCAAGCCCAAGCUCAAGAGAUCACUCUCACUCCUCAGCAGGCCCAGGCCAUGGGGAUUACUCUCACCCCUCAGCAAGCCCAAGCUCAAGAGAUCACUCUCACUCCUCAGCAGGCCAAGGCCAUGGGGAUUACUCUCACCCCUCAGCAAGCCCAAGCUCAAGAGAUCACUCUCACUCCUCAGCAGGCCCAGGCCAUGGGGAUUACUCUCACCCCUCAGCAAGCCCAAGCUCAAGAGAUCACUCUCACUCCUCAGCAGGCCCAGGCCAUGGGGAUUACUCUCACCCCUCAGCAAGCCCAAGCUCAAGAGAUCACUCUCACUCCUCAGCAGGCCAAGGCCAUGGGGAUUACUCUCACCCCUCAGCAAGCCCAAGCUCAAGAGAUCACUCUCACUCCUCAGCAGGCCCAGGCCAUGGGGAUUACUCUCACCCCUCAGCAAGCCCAAGCUCAAGAGAUCACUCUCACUCCUCAGCAGGCCCAGGCUCUGGGGAUUACUCUCACCCCUCAGCAAGCCCAGGCCAUGGGGAUUACUCUCACCCCUCAGCAAGCCCAAGCUCAAGAGAUCACUCUCACUCCUCAGCAGGCCCAGGCUCUGGGGAUCACUCUCACUCCCCAGCAGGCCCAGACUCAAGGGAUCACUCUCACCCCUCAACAGGCCCAGGCCUUGGGGAUCACUGUCAGCCCCCAGCAGGCCCAGGCUCAAGGGAUCACUCUUACACCUCAGCAGGCCCAGGCUCUGGGAAUCCAUCUCUCUCCCCAGCAGGCUCAGACUCAAGGGAUCACUCUCCCCCCACAGCAGGUCCAGGCCCUAGGGAUUACUCUCACCCCCCAGCAAGCCCAAGCUCAAGAGAUCACUCUCACUCCUCAGCAGGCCCAGGCUCUGGGGAUCACUCUCACUACCCAGCAGGCCCAGACUCAAGGGAUCACUCUCACCCCUCAACAGGCCCAGGCCUUGGGGAUCACUGUCAGCCCCCAGCAGGCCCAGGCUCAAGGGAUCACUCUUACACCUCAGCAGGCCCAGGCUCUGGGAAUCCAUCUCUCUCCCCAGCAGGCUCAGACUCAAGGGAUCACUCUCCCCCCGCAGCAGGUCCAGGCCCUGGGGAUUACUCUCACCCCCCAGCAAGCCCAAGCUCAAGAGAUUUAUCUCACUCCCCAGCAGGCCCAGGCUCUGGGGAUCACUCUUACCCCUCAGCAGGCCCAAGCUCAAGAGAUCACUCUCACUCCCCAGCAGGCCCAAGCUCAAGGGAUCACUCUCACUCCCCAGCAGGCCCAAGCUCAAGGGAUCACUCUCACCUCUCAGCAGUCCCAGGCCAUGGGGAUCAGUCUCACCACCCAGCAAGCCCAAGCUCAAGAGAUCACACUCACCCCUCAACAGGCCCAGGCCUUCGGGAUCACUCUCAUUCCUCAGCAGGCCCAGGCUGAAGACACUACCUUUCUUACUGAGAAACCUCACAUUUGGGGGGUCAGGUUAACAAAUGAAGAGGCCCAGGUAUUACCAGUUCCUUUUACUCUGGAGCAAGUCCAAAGACUGAAAGUUCCCAUUACCCCUUCGUAUACUCAGGUACCUACAAGGCUUGCCACUUCUGAAGAGACCCCAGAAAUGCAAAUGCCACAAAGUACUAGACAGGCCCAGAUAUUUGGGGUUUCAUUUCCCCAAAGACAGGCUGAAGCAUCUGAAGUCACCAUCACACCAGAGCAGAUGGAGGCAUUUGGCUCCACCUUUUCUCUGAAGCCGGUUCAGGCAUUGUGGCCAUCUCUCACUUCUGUUCAAGAACAAUCAUUGGAAGUCUCUAGCACCUCAAGAAAGAUCCAGUCAUUGAAGGAUGAUCUUGUCCAAGAAAAGACACAAGCAUUGAUGCUCACUCCUGAGAAAGCCCAGACUUUAGGUACCAAACUUACCCACGAACAAGCUCAAAAAGCUGUUAUCACUCUCACCUCUGAGCAGGCACUAGAAUUAGAAGUCCCUCUCACUGAAGAACAGGCCUCAAAACUGGGAGUUUCUUUCACUCCAGAAGAGCCUCAAGAAGCAUCAAGCAUUAAGCAGUUGCUACCCUUGUCAGUUACUUCCUCUCAUCAACAGGCUCAGGCAUUUCCUACUCCUCUGACGUUGGAAAAGUCUGCCAUAUUGGUACCUUCUACUCUUAGAUCAUUUGAGGAAUUGAAGACUUUCCUCUCGACUGGGCAACCCAGUAUACCAACUUUAUCUCCAAGUCUUAAGCAGUCCCUGCUAUCAUCUAUUGCUCAGAAGUCCUCUAUAUUUGAGAUAUCUCCUCCUCCUUUGCCUCCUCUCACUCAGGCCCCUAGAAAACACCUAGAAAAAAGUGCUCCUUUGGUUUCUACAAAGCUCCUGGCACCAGAGACCUUUCCUAUGUCUAGAAAGAUCCCAACAUAUACAGGUCAAACCACUCCUUCACCAUCCCCAAGAGCAGAGGUCCCUUCCCAAUUUGAGCAGCUCCCAAUAUCUGGGGCUCCUGUCAUUCCAAAGCAGUUCCUGACUCCCCAGCCUCCUUUGAGAUCAGAGGCCCCUCUAACUGGAGGACUACCUCUUGUAUCUGGAGUCCCACUUACUUCUGGACAGAUUCCCAGAUUGUUGGCUCCUCUUUCCCCUGGACAGCCCUUGAUUCCUGGGGCCCCUUCCAUCUCCAGAGAGCUCCUAGAAUCUGGACUCUUAGCUUUCUCAGACCAAACCCAGGUGUUACAGACUCCUGCUUACACUGAGCGAUCUUCCUAUGUUCAGACUCCUACCCUUGGGCAAGUUUCCCCAUUAUUGAUAUCUCCCAUCAUGGGGCAUCCCUCUACACAACGGACUCUCCCAACCCCUGAAAAGCCCAAGACAGUCCUUUUCUCUUCGGCAACUCAAAAAAAAUUGGCUUCUCUGAAACCUAAAUCAGCUCAUCCAAGGGCUUCAGAUUUCAAGGUAUCUAGAGCUCCUUUCACUGCUAAGAAGACUGAAAUAUCAGAUGUCUCUGACACUUCAGAAGUAACCUGGAUGACCCCUGAACUAUCCCAGUCCUACCUCACUGGUUAUAGGCCACCAGUUUUACAAACCUCUUAUAUUGAUGAAGCAGCCCUCCCCACUCUCAGAAAGCCUGUAAAAUCACCACCUCACCUACCUAAAACAUUACAGAUCUCAUCUUCUGAAUGGGACCUGAAAUCCCUACUGCCCUCUAUGGACAAGCCCGGGAUUAUAACUUCAGCCAAGAUCUUAGUGCCUCCUUCCUCUCCCCAAGACCUUGAAGAGAAGAGGUAUUUUGUUGAUGUGGAGGCUCAGAGGAAGAACCUGAUACUAUUAAGUCAGGCUACAAAAACUUUUGGACUCUCUGAAGAACAAUACAUAACAGCUCGGAAUCUCAUAACUGAGAUACUUCAUAUGGACACAGUUCAGCUGGGGUACCUAUUUCGCAAGUACAUUGCCUACAGACUGAUCCAGUAUGCCAGAAACAAUAUAAUCAAACGAUUAAAAGCCAUCCAGAAUACUGGGAAAGGUUAUGAGGUUCAAGACCUUUACAUCAUGCUGAGCAGAAUUGAUGACUACCAGAAAAAAGUGAUGUGGGUCUGGACUAAGAAACAGAAGUCUCUAGAGCAGAAACGAUAUCAGUGCCUGAAGAAAAUGAUGAGUUUAUUUACCCAGCUCCAACAGAUGUAUAAAUUGAAACUUAGUCAACCUAUCCCAGUGAUCACUGACAAGAAGCUGAUACCCAAAGUUACUGAAUUUGUCCGACAGCCAUACAAGUUUCUAAUUGGAGAAUACAAAAGAUCUGAUGUUUUCAAGGAACUUGGAAAACAAGAAGAGAUGGAAGCCAUCUGGAAUUCUGAUUUGUCCACUUCAAGCUACCCAAUAACAGAGAAGACAUCCAUACACUCAGUCUGGGCCAUGCUGGGAGGUUACCCAGACAUUCCUAAACUGCUCGAGUUAGAUAUCCAAUCUACCUUAAGAAAAUCUCUUGCUAACAUUCAAUCACAGUAAGUAAAGGAUGGGGAGUAUUCUGGUAGUAGGCUUUUGUUUGCCCAACUAGACGUUCUUCUGAGGCACCAGAGAGGUACCAAGAGUAAAUGUUUGGUAUGAAGUUAGUUUCACAUCACUUACAAAAAUAGCACAUGAAAUUUCU